AUGGCGAUGCCACGCACCUCGAACCAGCAGGAUGCGAUCGCCAGCUUGCGAUCUUUCCUUCAGAGCUCCAGGAGCUCUGUUCCGGAUGAUGACAUACUCGCCACUCUACUCGAAGUAGAAGGAUGGAACGUCCAACGUGCAGCACGUCUUGUUGAGGAAGAUAGCACGGCCGAGCGCAGGCGCAGCGGAGCUGACGAUGAGACCAUUGCCAGGUUCUUUGCACAAGAUCCCCAAAUCCGGGGCUCCAUGAACCAUGACCAGCUCAUGACCACUUCUUCUUCUUCCUCAGUGUACGAUCCUUCAAGGCGCCCACUGUACCGAGGGAGUGGUGCACCGAGUGGUCGCCCUGGAGGUGCUGGCUUGCGUCCUAAUCCUCGAGGUCCUGACAACGGCACUGUGAGCGUCGCUCAGAUGAUCUGGACAGCAUUGAGCUUUCCGCUUUCGCUAGCCUCGAACCUGUUGCUUUUCCUCGCACGAAUCUUGCGGAUUCAGACUCUGUUCUUUUCGCUGUUUGGCGGAGGCCCUGGUUCACACAGUCUCAGUCGAUCGGAUCCUCGCAUCUCUGCAGAGAACUUUGUUCGCGAGCUAGAGGAGCAAACGGGAGCCAGAUCUUCUCGCUCGGUCUUGCCGAACGAAGACGUCGGAUCUCGCGCACCUCUGACCAAAGUUUUGCCUCCUUUCUUCAUCGGAGGUUAUGCAGACGCGCUACGAGCCGCCAAGGAGCAGAUCAAAAUCCUCGCCGUCGUCUUGGUCAGCCGCGAGCAUGGGGAUGUGGGCCGAUUCAAGCAAAACACCUUGGUCGAUAGUGAUCUUGUGGACUUGCUGUCCAAAGACGAUUUCAUCGUCUGGGGUGGCGAUGUCAAAGAACGCGAAGCGUAUCAAGUUGCGAAUACACUCCAGGCAAGCACAUAUCCUUUCGUCGCAUUCAUCGCGUUACAGCCCCCUCGCUCAACAAGUAGGUCCUCAGGAGGAUGGACUGCCUCGCCUCGAGCAGCGGUGCUGUCAAGGUUGGAAGGCUCUCCGUCAAGUGCCACCUCGGCGGCUACGAUCGCAUCGCACAUCUCGGACAUCCUAUUGCCAAGGACGCGCACCUAUCUGGAACGACUCAGAGCGGAAAAGCGACGUCGUGAGAUGGAACGUCAACUUCGAGAAGAGCAAGAUCGUGCUUAUCAGGAAGCUAGUCGACGCGAUGCCGAAAGGAUCGCCAAGAAGCGAGAGGAGGAACGAUGUCAGGCUUUGGAGGCACAAAGGGCGCGCGAAGAGCAGGAACAGAAAAAGCAGCUGGAACGCAAGAAAGUAGCAUGGCAACAUUGGGCGCUACAGCAUCUCGUCCCUGCAGAACCUCCUUCUUCGGUUGACGCAGUGAGGCUCAGCUUCCGAUUGCCAAGCGGCAAGACGCUGGCGCGUCGCUUCUCACCGAUGGACACAGUAGCAUCUGUUUAUGCGUUUGUCGCGACGUCAUCUGUCACAGCAGAAGUCGGCGAUGUCUCGAGCCAGAAGCCGGAUAACUACGAACACGAGUAUCGCUUCAGUCUGGUAACUGGUUACCCGAGAAAACGCAUCGAGUUUGCAGAGGCCGGUACCAAGCAGCUGCGAGAUGUCGACGGACUAUCGCAGGCUGCUAGUUUGAUUGUCGAGGGACACAUCAUGGGUGAUGAGCUGGCACCUACGGACGAUGAAAUGUCGGAGGAAGACGAGGUGUGA